GCAGCAGGCUGAAGGAAUGGCAUGCACCCGGAACUCCAGUUCCUCCUUGCAUCAGUAAAAUAAUACCGUCGUGGCAGGUGAGAGGCGCGAGCUGGCUAUGACCGACACGUAGACUCGGGACAGUAAGGUGGACUUUUGUGAAGAAAACAGAAAUGUCCAGCGUGGAGGUCAGUGAUACGGAGCUGAAAGAAGUUGACAUAUGUGAUCACGACCUGUGCUGGGAGGAGGAGAGCGGGGUUUUCGAGCUUGCAACGUUGCACCAGUGGAGCUCAGGCGGAGCACCUGCUGUGUCUGAUGUGCGCUGCCAGUGCAGCUACGAGGAUGUGGCGCUGAAAAGCUCGUUAUCCGGGUUUUCUGUGUCCGGCGGAGAGGCCGGGGAUGGACCCUACCACGCUGACCGGAGAGCUUCGUCUAUUGUGGACCGUCUGCUGGUGGAGCUGUACGACACCUGCAGUAGCCCUGGCCGCAGAGGAGCGGACAGCUGGGACAGCUCAACCGAGGCGUCCGGGCCAGAGGCGGCGCUGAGCAGGAGCAACACCGGCUCCAGCUUUCUGCAGGAGCUCCAGGGCAAACACACCAGGAGACACCAGAUGAGCUACCUGUGCCAGAAAGAUCCAGAGGAACUGAAGUGGAUCAUUCAGGAAGUGAACUACCGUAUCGGCAUCCAGUCAGCUAAACUGGUGCGGCAGCUGAAGAGGAAGGACCGGCUUCAUCACAAAUAUCAGAAGAAAUGCGACAUCGUCACCGCCUGCCUGCAAGCUGUCUCCCAGAAAAGAAGAGUUGAUACCAGGUUGAAGUUCACUCUAGAACCAUCACUUGGCAAGAACGGGUUUCAGCAGUGGUAUGAUGCUCUCAAGGCUGUAGCUCGACUCCCAACGGGCAUCCCCAAAGAAUGGAGGAGGAGGGUGUGGUUAACCCUAGCUGAUCAGUACCUUCACAGCAUCUCCAUAGACUGGGAGAAGACCAUGAGAUUUGCUUUCAAUGAGCGCAGUAAUCCAGAUGAUGACUCACUCGGGAUCCAGAUUGUCAAGGACCUUCACAGAACAGGCUGCAGUUCAUACUGCGGUCAGGAGGCAGAGCAAGACCGGGUGGUGCUGAAGCGGGUGCUGCUGGCCUACGCCCGCUGGAACAAGACUGUGGGCUACUGCCAAGGCUUCAACGUGCUAGCUGCUCUUAUCCUGGAGGUCACUGAGGGCAAUGAAGGUGAUGCAUUAAAGGUGAUGAUUUAUCUGAUUGAUAAGGUACUUCCUGACAGCUACUUUGCCAAUAAUCUGCGGGCUCUGUCUGUGGACAUGGCCGUGUUCAGGGAUCUGCUGAGACUUAAGCUUCCGGAGCUUUCUCAACACCUUCACCACUUACAGAAAGUAGCCAAUCGGACAGGAGGAGGCAGCUACGAACCUCCACUCACCAACGUCUUCACCAUGCAGUGGUUCCUCACCAUGUUUGCCACCUGCCUGCCACACCACACUGUGCUAAAGAUCUGGGACUCUGUCUUCUUUGAGGGUUCAGAGGUGCUGCUGAGAGUGGCCUUAGCUAUUUGGGCCAAACUGGGAGAGAGGAUAGAGGAGUGUCAGACAGCAGAUGAGUUUUACAGCACUAUGGGCAUUCUGACUCAAGAGAUGCUGGAGCACAACCUGGUCGACUCCAAUGAACUCAUGCAGACCGUCUACUCCAUGGCUGACUUCCCUUUCCCCCAGCUGGCAGAGCUGAGGGAGAAGUACACUUAUAACAUCACUCCAUUCCCUGCUCCAGUCAAGGCCAACGGCAGUCAGGGGCUCCAUGGGUGGGAGAGUGAUGAUGAUGGUGAUAUGGAUGAUGAAGAUUCUAUCGUCACUGCUCUGGGCUGCCUGGGACCACUGGGUGGGCUCCUAGCUCCUGAGAUCCAGAGAUACCAAAAGCACUUAAAAGAGCAGAGAGGUGAGCAGAGCUCUCCCUCCAGUAACAUGGCGGAGCUAAGCCCAGGCGCAGUGGGGGCCGGCCGGGCCGAGCAUCAGGCCACCAUGAACAGCAUGAUGCUGGAGCGUAUGAGCACGGACAUCAGGGCACUGACCAAGCAGUACUUGCGCAUCAAGAGACGGCAGCAGCAGCAGGCUGGGCUGCUGUACAUCCACACAGGACUGCCAGUGGAAGCUGAGCCUGUUACUCCUCAUCAGCCCAGUGAACGGGCAAGCCAUGAUCCUGACAAAUGUCCAGCCACCAGUGUGCUGGCUUCCCAGGUCCACACUUCGCCUGUGGUCAACCAUCUCCUCUUGGGGAGGAAGCCUAGAGCUGCCCAGCGCCCUUCCAGAAACGGUGUAGUUCACGCUGGCCUGCUGCCCCAAGCUCAGUCUACCCCAAACCAGGACCAUGGAGCUCGGGCGAGGCUUCAGUCCCCCUGGCGCACCCAUGUCCGCACCCAUCGAAGGAAUCUAGCCAGGGCACGGGCCCAGCUGGGCUUUGAUGACUCUUUAACAUUGGAGGACAGUGAGAGCACUGAAGACCCACCAGAGGUGGCAGGAGGAGAGGAGGAGAAACAGCAAGAUGAAGAGAAGGUGGAGAAGGUAGAUGGCAAAGGAGAGGAUCCUGUGAAGGAGAUUGUGGCAGAUGGAGGCUCGGAGCUCCAAGAUUGUGAAAAGGUAGAAGAAAUGGAGGAGAUGGAACAGCGGCUAUCUACUCUAGAGCUAGAACCAUCCCCUCAAGCUUCUUCACCAGCUGUUAGUGAUGAAGGACCAGCUUCAGUUGCCCUACAGCCAGAAUUGGCAAAGCAUCCAGAGUCAGAGGUUCAUCCAGACUCAGACCUGCAGCCAGAGUCAAACCUGCAGCUGCAGCAGUUUUGCUCCACUCGGCGCACGGCCUCUGAUUCCUCCAGCUCAGAGAGUGGUGGCAGUUCUCUCAGGCGAAGCCCUUCAAAAUCGCAGCAGAUCUUCUCCCCCUUUCCUUGUGUCAAAGCGCCCCGCAAGUCUGCUGCCGCCAGAAACUUAGGCCUUUAUGGUCCCACACCAAGGACUCCUACUGUGCACUUCCCACACAUGAGCAAAACCAUGAACCGGCUGGGAGCCAGUGCCUCUGCAUCCACCAGGUGGCGAUGAUGAGCAGCUUUUCAAUUACUGAUCUGACCUUUCAAGGGUUCGUACUUCUUACCUCAGAGCACUGUCUCUGGAAUCCUCUGAAAUAUGCAGAAAAGGAGUUCAGUCUGUCCUCCCUGUCGCAGAAGUAUAGCACAAGGGUGUCCGAUCAUAUGCAUGCUUUGUCUACAAAUGCAUUCUUUCGUUGCUGUUGUUGCUGCUUGGACAAGCUUUGUAGAGCGCAGGCGAAAGUCUCACUCUCACUAAUUAGAAUGUAGUGCACAUUGUUGCUACAUUGAGUUAUGCUAGGUUGCUAUGCUACCGAGCUGGACUAUAUUGUUGUAGAUCAGGACUGCUCAGUCAUAUCCACAAAGGGCUGCUGGCUGCAGGUUUUUAAUUCCAAAAAAGCAGGAGUGCAACUGAUUCUGCUCAUUUGAUCAAUUCAUCUCAAACAAUUGAUCAUGAGCACUUAGGCUUUGUUGGAAUGAAAACCUCCAGCCACACCGACCCAUUUUGGAUAUGAUUGGACACCCCUGUUCUAGAUAAUCAAAAAUAGGCAGGAUAGUUUGAUUGCAUGACAAAGAACUACAACCUCUCUGUUCCAACAGUCUGAGCUUACAGGGUGUAAUUAAUUUCAAAUACUAAUUAAUACACAAACUAAUUACCAUUUGAAAUUAUUACACCUUCUAAUAUUAAUUUACAAAACUGCGAUGUGCAUUAAAAUUUUGUUGAAUUUGUUGAAGUUGAAUGGGAUUUUUGCCAACGUUAUAUAAAGCAAUCUUGCAACAAUUGCUACCAAAGUAGCAUGGAUAGGUCAAUUGCAGUCCUGGAGGGCGGUGUCCAGCACAAUUUGGCAAUUAUCCUGUUCGGACACCUGCUGACUACGUAAUAGCUUUCACUCUUGAAUAUGUCCAGUUUUUUUUUUUCAUCUCAAUUUUAUACUUCAGUAAAUGAGCCAAAAGAUUAUCUCUAGCAACAGCCAUAGUGGAAGGUUGUGAGGAGCACUUAAAAAUACAUUGCUGCAUGCUGGGCCACUGGCGUUUAUGAACGCAUUUGAUUUGAAUAUGUAUGUGCCACAAAGCAGCUAAUUUGCUCGAGCUCUGAGAACUCCAAAUAUUCCACUUUUGACAGUAUCUCCUAGUUAUUGCCUAACUCACUGAUAGAAGACUGAAGACACAAUAACCUGUGUUCCCCAAAGAGUAUUGCUGAUACACAGCUCACUUUACAUUCUUUUUGUUUUCUCGUCUAAUUCUCUUCACCAAAGAUGCCCUUUCACAGUGUUGAUUUGCUUUUCGCUGCUGCCCUGUAUCAGUUAUCACUUCUGUUCUACUGUUACCUCUCCUGUCAUCUGAAGCUGCAUUGUUUUGCAUUGCAUUUCUCAGUGUCAUUUGCAUAUUUCAGUUUAUUAACUUUAAACGGUUGAAGCUGAAACUCUUCUCUUUAUUUCACAGUUUAUGCUUUAAGCCUCAUGAACUGCACUUGUUGAGCUCAAGGCAGAGAAUAUAUAAUAUUCAGAGUAAUAUAUAGACACUCUAGAAAUGGAUGGAAAUUAAUGUCCCUUGGAAUAUUUA